CCCUGAUCUGAGUUCCCCCCCAGUACCUAUAAAUAGGCAUAUUUAGAACGCGUUCAUUUUUUUUUAUAAAGCGCAAGACUCCCGCUCCUGAUUUUUCAAGUUUAACCUAGAAAGAUCUCUGAUCUGAUGACCAAAUUCUUACAUGCAUUCCAAUGGCCCAUUGGAGCCCAUGAGGUUUUUGUGACAGGUAAUUUUGACAACUGGUCAAAGUCCGUGCCCCUUAGCAGAAAAACGGAUGGGAGCUUUGCCACUCAAUUGGAGUUGCCUAGCCAAAAAAUUGUUUUCAAGGUAUGUAAAUCAGUAUCCUGGAAGAUUGAACUCUGGGGAAAUUAUUGACACAUUUACCAUUAAGUUUAUCGUUGAUGAUGUGUGGGUCACACACCCAGAUGAGGAAAUCGAAUACGAUGAGAAGGGGAUUCCCAACAAUGUUAUUAUCCCUGAGGUUUAUCCACAGUCACCUCUAGAAACAGCUCUAGAUCUGGACUUGCUCCUGGAAGUGGGAAUUCCCGAUUUAUCGCUGGAAGGCUUUUCCCUAGGACCCCAAGAACUCGCCGGCGAUGACAAAACUGAGGAGCAGAUUCCCGAGAUCCACAGGACUAAAACUGUCAAUACAACAGUUUCUGUGUCUCAAAUGGCAAACUCAGAAAUUGACCUCGCUAAUGCCGAAGAGUCGUUCUCCAAUUGCGGCUCGUCAGUUGAAGUCUUCAACUCCGAGUCUACGUCCCAGUUUGAAUCUGAAUCAGAGACUCAUGAAUCUGCUUUUUCCUUGGUGUCGUGCCCAAAUAUUACUAUUUCAUGCCGCUCAGAACCUCAAGGCUUGGUAGAAGACUACGUAGAUCUACCUCAACGGUUUAGGGUAGAGCACCUGUAUCCGGAUUCGCUCGAGCAAAGUAUUCAGAUGACCUUGCAGGAUGGGGAACAUGGCUCAGUCUCGACCAGGAGAACAUCACGAGAUGAUUUAGCGAUUGGGAAUGGUAGCGCUGGCGGUGAUAAUGUAAGUGCUUCGAGUACUACAAAGAGUCGCAGUUUUAAGAAACGGGCCUCGUUAACAUUGAUGCACAAGGUCAAGACUUUUUUUGCUUGAAUUCAAAUAUUAUUAAACUAUAGGACCCAUAAGCUUAUAAGUAUUCUGGUUGAUAGGACAAGGUACACGACGUAUACAUGGUUA